GCUUCAAAAUAUCUCUUAGAGCCACUAUAUGAGCCUGAACCAAGCCAGGUUUGCGCAACAAGAUUUACACCCCUGCCACCAUCGCCACCAGCUUCAACAAAGUCGCCAACAACACCAACCCGCUCGGCAGUUGGCAGCAUCCGACGAAAGUUUCAGCACACCAGGAACGUAUCUUAUACCGAAGGUGACGAAGAAGAACAGCCUUUUCUCCGUCGUCUCCUGAGCAGAACAAGCAGCAUCCGAAGCACCCGCAGCAGUCUCAGUCUGAACAGGCAACUCCCGCCCUCACCACCAGGAGUAGACCGCACCCUAUCCACCCGCUCAGCCAUUCCACUCAGACCAAGCCACAACCGCAACUGGUCCCAAGGCACAAUCCUCUCCCGCGCCAACAGCGUAGCAACUUCUACACCAACAUCCCCCAGACCCCCCAGCAAAAUGUCCAACCAGUUCUUCCCCUCCACCACCACCACCACCACCCGCAACCGCUCCUCCUCCCUCAACCACCCCCCACCACCCCCAUCAGACGAAUCCUUCCCCAUCCGCCGCGGCAACUCCCUCCGCCUCAAAGACCGCUACCCAGGAGACCAAUCCCACCGUCCCCUAGCUAUGCUCUCCUCCUCCCACCGCGCCGCCAACCGCCACGUCCGCCCCACCUCUUCCCACGCCCGUCCCUUUGCCGACCCAAUAGACCAGCUGGACCAGUCCUCCCCCUUUUCCCCCUACCACCACCCUGGCCCGUAUGACCCCACGCUGAUCCCGUACAACACCAACAAGAAGUACUCUCCCCUGGAGGCGGUCAAAUCCUCCAACGAGGAGGCGAUCAAGGCUACGCCGGUGGAGUAUGUAAAGGACAGCUUGACGAAGCAUGUGCCGCUGCAGGGGACGGCGGUCGUGCCGCCUGGGGAGAGGGAUGUUAUGACGGGGAGGAGGAUGGGGGAGUAUCAAGAGGGGGCUGAUUUGAUGAGGGAACAAAGUGCGGGCGGGGGCGCGUAUAAGAGGUGGCCUGGGGUGGAGUACAGGGAGGGGGAUUUGAAGGGGAAGGGGGAGGGUUGGUAUUCUGGGGUUGGGGCUGCUGAGGAGGAUGAAAGGAGGCGGGUGGCUAAAAAGAGGGGGGGGUAUUUGGCUAGGAGUAUUAGUGGGGAUGGGAAGGGGGGUGCUUAUGAGAUGCAGCAGCCUUCUCAGAGGGGUUUGAUGGCUAGUGGGAGUGAGGAGAAGGAUGGGGGGGUGAGGCGGAGGCAGAGGGUGGUUGAUAAUGAGGAGGGGACGGCCAUGUUGCCGGAGCAGGUUGUUGGGGAGGGGUCGUAUCGGGGGGGGUUGGAGAGGAGUAAAAGUGGGAGGGCGAGCGGGGGGUUGGGGGAGAAGUUGAAGAGGAAGAUUGGGAGUUUGAGGGGAAGGAAGGAGAGGAGGGUUGGUGAUGGGGAUUAUUACUGA